UGACAAAACUAAAAUGUGAAUCCAACCAAACAAGACCAACUGAAAUCCCAACUGGCUUUUGGGUUUCAAAUCUUAUCAACGCAGCAACGGAAAUCCAUAAAAAUCUUGAUAGACUGAAAAAAGGGACAAUUGGAAUACUUUUAUUUUUAAAUGUUUUACAACACAAUGGAACUGCAUCAACGACACCUCUCCAAUUUUUACAAAUUGCACAACUGAGAAUCAAAAGUCUUUGAUAAGUAAUUAAACCAUAAGAAAUCGGUGAUCGGUGAUCGGGAGCAAACACCGACACAGAAUCGUAACUGAAACAAGAUGCCAAACAUGUCCAGCAUCAAGGCGGAGCAGCAAGGUGCUCCCAUCGGAGGAACUGGCGGCUAUCAACUGCCGGUCAACAUGUGCACUAGCUCGGUGGCCUCAACGACGACGACGACUUUGGGAGGAGCCAACGGAGGAGCCACUGGAUCCAGGCACAACGUGUCUGUGACCAAUAUCAAGUGCGAACUGGACGAACUGCCCACGCCCAAUGGAAACCUGGUGCCGGUCAUCGCGAACUACGGGCACGGCAGUCUGCGCAUUCCGCUAAGCGGUGGACAGCCGAGCCACGAGGAGUCCGAUUCGGAGGAGGAGCUGGCGAAUAUCGAGAACCUGAAGGUGCGACGAAGGACGGCGGCGGACAAGAAUGGACCUCGCCCAAUGUCCUGGGAGGGCGAACUGAGCGAUGCCGAGGCCAAUGGCGGCGAGGAGCUCAUGGAAAUGGAGCCGACGAUCAAGAACGAGGUGAGCGCAGCCACCGCCGCUGCUGCCACGACGCCUCUACAGCCCACCUGCGCCCUGCAGCCGAUCAAAACGGAGCUGGAAAACAUUGCCGGCGAGCUGCUGCUGCAGGGAAAGUGCUACCCCAUGUCCAAUUCCCACUCCCACUCGCAUGGUGCGGCGAAAAUGAAGCUGGCGCCGACGCAGAGCGAUCCGAUCAAUCUCAAGUUCGAGCCGCCACUGGGGGACAACUCACCGCUUCUGGCCGCCCGCAGCAAGUCGAGCAGUGGUGGCCACCUGCCGCUCCCUGCGAAUCCCAGUCCCGACUCCGCCAUACAUUCCGUCUACACGCACAGCUCGCCCUCGCAGUCGCCGCUGACGUCGCGCCACGCCCCCUACACGCCCUCGCUGAGCCGCAACAACAGCGAUGCGUCGCACAGCAGCUGCUACAGCUACAGCUCCGAGUUCAGUCCCACCCAUUCGCCCAUCCAGGCGCGGCAUGCCCCACCCGCGGGUUCGCUCUAUGGCAACGGAGGAGGCAGCAUGCAUCACCACAGUGUUUUGUAUCGGCCACUCAAGGUGGAGGCCUCGUCCUCGUCGACGGUGCCAGGUGGUCAGGAGGCGCAGAACCUCAGCAUGGACUCGGCCUCGAGCUCUGGACUGGAUGUGGGGGGAUCCUCACACCCCGCCUCACCGGCUGGCAUUUCGCGACAGCAGCUUAUCAACUCACCCUGCCCCAUUUGCGGCGACAAGAUCAGCGGCUUCCACUACGGCAUCUUCUCCUGCGAGUCGUGCAAGGGCUUCUUCAAGCGCACCGUCCAGAAUCGCAAGAACUACGUGUGCGUGCGCGGCGGUCCCUGCCAGGUGAGCAUCUCCACGCGCAAGAAGUGCCCGGCCUGCCGGUUCGAGAAGUGCCUGCAGAAGGGCAUGAAGCUGGAGGCGAUUAGGGAGGAUCGCACGCGAGGCGGCCGCUCCACGUACCAGUGCUCCUACACGCUGCCCAACUCGAUGCUCAGUCCGCUGCUCAGUCCGGAUCAAGCGGCAGCAGUUGCGAGUCAGCAGCAGCAGCAGCAACAGCAGCAGCAGCAGCAGCAGCAGCAUCGACUGCAUCAGUUGAAUGGCUUCGGGGGCGUGCCCAUCCCCUGCUCCACUUCCCUGCCGGCCAGUCCCAGUUUGGGGGGAGCUUCCAUCAAGGCGGAGGAUGCAGCAGCCGAGACGGGCAAGUCGUCCAGUCUGCGAACCGGAAGCGUACCACCUCUACUGCAGGAAAUCAUGGAUGUUGAGCAUCUGUGGCAGUACACCGAUGCCGAGCUGGCCCGCAUCAAUCAACCGCUCUCGGCAUUCGCAUCAGGCAGCUCCUCUUCAUCCUCAUCCUCGGCCGCAUCCUCGGGUGCCCAUGCACAGCCGCAACUGACCAAUCCACUACUGGCCAGUGCCGGUCUCUCGUCCAACGGCGAGAACGCCAAUCCCGACCUGAUCGCCCAUCUCUGCAACGUCGCCGAUCACCGCCUGUACAAGAUUGUCAAAUGGUGCAAAAGUUUGCCGCUCUUCAAGAAUAUUUCGAUCGACGACCAGAUCUGCUUGCUCAUCAAUUCGUGGUGCGAACUGUUGCUCUUCUCCUGCUGUUUUCGAUCGAUUGAUACCCCCGGGGAAAUUAAAAUGUCGCAAGGCAGGAAGAUAACCCUAUCGCAGGCAAAAUCAAAUGGCUUGCAGACCUGCAUUGAACGGAUGCUCAAUCUGACGGAUCACCUGAGGCGAUUACGCGUUGAUCGCUACGAAUAUGUUGCCAUGAAGGUGAUUGUGCUGUUGCAGUCAGACACGACGGAGUUGCAGGAGGCGGUGAAGGUGCGAGAGUGCCAGGAAAAGGCGCUGCAGAGCUUGCAGGCUUACACUUUGGCCCAUUAUCCCGACACGCCAUCAAAGUUUGGGGAACUUCUGCUGCGCAUUCCCGAUUUGCAGCGAACGUGCCAGCUGGGCAAGGAGAUGCUGACGAUCAAGACUCGCGAUGGGGCUGAUUUCAAUUUGCUAAUGGAGCUCUUGCGCGGAGAGCAUUGACAAUUGAUUGCAGAGAUGGAAAUCUGUUGCCAUUGGCAAAACAAGUUUUACAUAUGUAGUAUUAGAUACAUAUAUUUUUCGGAUAAGUUAUUUAACUUUAAGCUCUGAAAACAUGUGCCUAAAAACCAAAGCCACGAUAGCAGCCACAUCAGGCCCACUGGUCGAGAUUGAAUCUUAGCGCAAGAUUGCCAAAUUUUUUACACCAAUAUAUAUUUUGAUAUAAGCCAUGUGCAAGGCCCCAGAUUGCUGUUGUUGUUGGCUAAAGUUUCAGUAAAAAAAAGUAUAUUGAUUUUGCUAUUUAUACAUAUUUGACUUAUGUAUAGUGUAAACUAAAGCACACAUGGAAAAUGAAAAGACUAAAAAUUUAUUUAAAAGAUUACUUUUAUUAUUAUGAAAGAAGAAAAACGAAAAAGCAGAAAAAACACUAAGGCGAAACAUUAAAUUUAGUAACUGCAGCUAGCAACAUUUUUAUACAUACCUAUAUAAGGGAAAAUAUUCAAUGUAUUUUUAAUGAAAUGCCAAACCCGAUUUGGUUUGAGGGAGAGUUGCUGGAGUUUUCGAUAAUAUAUCUAUAUAUAUAUAUUCAUUACUAGAAAACGGAUAAUAAAAUCCAAUUUUUAAAUGUUGUAGCAUUUAGUUUUAGUGCAAUUUCACCCAUGUCUACAUAUAUAAAUAUAUAUAUUCAGCCAGAUAUGUCCGAAAACCUUUAAACAACAAAAGACCACUCGAAUCGCCAUCUCUGGUUGGCUAAGACUAUUCCAGUUAUGCUAUUUGUUGCAUACAAAAAACACAACUACAUACAUAAAUCAAAUUUAUUAUUUUAUGUCGCAGUUUUAGUUUUGUAUUAAUUUCUUCUUUAUAAUUAAUAUUAUUAUUAUUAUUGUGUAACUCUUACUUAAAUAGCUGAAGCAAAUCCUGCAACAGGAUUCAAAACACAUAAAUACACAAAUCAUUAUUAAAAGGAUAAUUUUUUGCUUGUAUCUUAGAUAGUUAGAUAUGUAUCCUGCAUACGUGUGUGUCUAUAUGUGAGUACCGUUAACUAUAAAACUGUCUGCCCCACCAGAAAAUUCACACGCAACAAAACAAAACAAAAAAAAAACAAAUGUAAUUCCAAAAAAUAAUAAAUUUGUAUCUACAAAAGGAGGAUAAAGAGACAAAAACUUAAAACUACUUAAAGUUGAAGGCAGAAGUCCAAGAGAUUUUGUGCAAACUAUCAAAUAUGUUAAAAACGUAUAGUUAUUUCUUUUUUGAAAUUGUUUUUUUAUCCAGCUCAUAAAAAUAU